AUGUCUGAUAGCGAGUCAUUCUCCGAGCGCGAGCCCAAUGCGUUCGACGAUGAGUCAUCGGAUGGUCUCUUUGACUCCGACGGCGAAGCGGCAGGGCCUGAUGCCGAGGGUGGGAGUGAUACCGACGUUGAGAUACUCGGCGAAGGGCCCAGCUCCAUUCCCACAGACGGCGCCAAACUGUUGACGCAGAAAAAUGAUAGCAAACACACGGUAAGUCCUAGGGCACCGGUGCGGUACCGGCCGAAGGCUCUCCGAUGCUUAAGUAAGUACGGAGUUAGUAAGUUUGAACUGCAGAUCAAUAGGCAGUAUGCCAGUUUCAAUGUGGGACUCUGGGCGUCAGUUGUGAGACCGCCACGCGUCAAAGGGGGUGAGCUUGUGAAGGAUCGUGAUGAGAACUACGACCAGGAACAAGCACAGAAAGCACAGAAAGCCUCCUAA